AGAUCGAUAACACAGUAACAGACGGCGGCGGUUCAUCAUCGACCAUCGUUAGUUUUUCGUUAUUCUCGGAUUUAAUUUGUUUUUACUGUAAUAUCUAAUUGCCAGCAGUUAACCGUUUUACGUCCAGCUGUACCAACGUUUGUGGGAUCGCCAAAAUUGUAUUUUAUUUGCUCCAUUGCCGUCGACGCCACCGCCGCUUGUGAUAUGGUUGUUUGUUGUUAAAAGUUUUUAUAACUCGUUUUCGAUAUACACACGGCGUUUAUGACUUAAGUUUUUUCCCUUAAAUCAUUCCACUCUGAAGACUAGUAAAUGACUUUUUCGACUCCGGCAAUUGGGCUUCAGGCGCUCUGGACUGCUUACUGACCGACUGCUUUCGAGAUAGCUAAUCCAACAACCAAAAUUACUAAUAAUAUACUCUGACUAACCAUUGACGGUCGUUAGUCCAGAAAUAUACUUAAUUGUAGUCAUUAAUAGACUCGUUCAUGAACAUAACGUAAAUAUACCGACCUAUUGGUCAUAAUGACAAAGAAGUCCGAGUUUAAUUGGCAAAUUCCAGUUCCUGAGUCUCUACUACAAGGCUGCAUAUUUGAUCGAUGGACUGAGGAAAAAGACAAUGUGGAGAUUGAAUGGGGGUGUACUUUUAAAGUUGAUGAAUAUGGGUUUUUUAUUUACUGGAAAAGCGAAAGUAGAGAUGGAGAUGUGAUUGAGCUGUGUCAAGUCAGUGAUAUACGUUCUGGAGGUCUGCCUAAGGAUGCAAAACAACUUCAGCAAUUAACUAAUAAGCAUGGUGAUACUCUAGAAGAGAAAUCUCUAACAAUAUGUAGCAAUACAGACUAUAUCAAUAUAAAUUAUCAACAUGUUAUCUGCCCAGAUGCUGCUACAGCCAAGCAAUGGCAAGAAGGUCUACGCACUAUAACCCAUAACAAUAAGAUGAAUAAUGUGUGUGUUCGGACCAACCUUAUGAAACAUUGGAUGCGUUUAGGCAUGUUAGUAGAUCCAAAAGGAAAAGUACCUGUAAAAGUUAUUGCCAGAACAUUUGCAUCUGGUAAAACUGAAAAAAUGGUGUAUCAAUGUUUAGCUGAUCUCAAUUUGCCUAGUGGAAAAAAUGAUACGAUUGAACCAUUGGAGUUCACAUUUGACAAGUUCUAUGAACUUUAUCACAAAAUUUGUCCUAGAAAUGAUAUUGAAGAAUUGUUUCAAACAAUCACACAAGGAAAAGCUGAUAAUAUCAGUAUAGAUCAGUUCAUUACGUUUUUGAAUGAAAAACAACGAGAUCCACGUCUAAAUGAAAUUUUGUAUCCAUUAUAUGAUGAAAAAAGAGCACUUGAAAUAAUUAAUGAUUAUGAACCAACUGAAGAUGUGAAAACCCAAAAACAACUGUCAAAAGAAGGUCUAAUACGAUACUUAAUGUCUGAUGAAAACGCACCAGUUUUUUUGGAUCGCUUGGAUAUUUACAUGGAUAUGGAUCAAUCAUUAGCUCACUAUUAUAUCAAUUCUUCUCAUAAUACUUACUUGUCAGGUCGUCAGUUUGGGGGAAAGUCUAGUGUUGAAAUGUAUCGACAAACACUUUUGGCUGGUUGCAGAUGCGUAGAACUUGAUUGUUGGGACGGUAAAGGUGAAGAUGAAGAACCAAUCAUUACUCAUGGGAAAGCCAUGUGUACCGAUAUUUUAUUUAAAGAUGUAAUUUAUGCUAUUAGAGAUACAGCUUUCGUCACGUCGGAUUAUCCAAUUAUUUUAUCAUUUGAAAAUCACUGUUGUAAAAGUCAGCAAUACAAGCUUGCCAAAUACUGUGAUGAAAUUCUUGGAGAUCUCUUAAUGAAAGAAUGUCUGCCAGAAUAUCCGUGUGAUGCUGGUAUCCAAUUACCACCUCCAUCGUUACUUAAAAAAAAAAUUUUAAUAAAAAACAAACGACUGAAACCAGAAGUAGAAAAGAGCGAGUUGGAAUUGUUUAGAAAAGGACAGUUUGUCAUUGAAGACGAAGAAAAAGAAGAUGCUACAGCAGUAACCGCAAAUCCUCCCGAAGAAAAAAAAGCAGAAGCACCCGACACGGGUACCGGUUUAGAGGGAGCGGAAGCACCGCCGCCAAUACAAUAUACUGGAUCUACCACGAAUGUACAUCCAUGGUUGUCCUCUAUGGUCAACUAUGCUCAACCAAUUAAAUUCCAGGGCUUUGACAUAGCUGAAAAAAAGAAUAUACAUCACAAUAUGAGUUCAUUUGCCGAGAACACAGGGCUUGGAUAUUUAAAGUCACAAGCUAUAGAAUUUGUUAACUAUAACAAACGACAAAUGAGUCGUAUUUAUCCAAAAGGGACUAGAGCCGAUUCUUCAAACUACAUGCCACAGGUUUUCUGGAAUGCAGGAUGUCAAAUGGUGUCAUUGAAUUUUCAAACAGCUGAUUUGCCCAUGCAACUCAACCAAGGGAAAUUUGAGUAUAACGGAAAUUGUGGUUAUCUUUUAAAACCAGAUUUCAUGCGUAGAGCCGAUCGUAGUUUCGAUCCAUUUGCCGAGUCACCUGUAGACGGUGUGAUUGCGGCUCAGUGUUCAGUUCAAGUAAUUGCUGGUCAGUUCUUAUCAGAUAAGAAAGUCGGGACUUACGUGGAAGUCGACAUGUACGGUCUUCCGACAGAUACCAUCCGCAAAGAGUUUCGUACUAGAAUGGUACCUAGCAACGGUUUAAAUCCAGUAUACAAUGAAGAACCGUUUUUGUUCCGAAAAGUAGUUUUGCCUGACUUGGCCGUACUUAGAAUUGGCGUGUAUGAGGAAAACGGGAAACUGUUGGGGCAGAGAAUUUUGCCUUUGGAUGGUCUACAAGCCGGCUAUAGACAUAUAUCGUUAAGGUCUGAAGCUAAUUUUCCAAUGGCAUUACCGAUGUUAUUUUGUAAUAUUGAAUUGAAAAUUUAUGUUCCUGAUGGAUUUGAAGAUUUUAUGGCUGCUUUAUCCGAUCCAAGAGCAUUUUUAUCGGCACAAGAAAAACGUGCCCAACAGAUGAAGGCAAUGGGUAUUGAAGAAACUGAUAUAAACACUAAAGAUAUAGUUGCUGGUGGCGGUGGAGAAAAUGAAAAGACUGGAAAAAAGGGGAGUAAAAAUAAAAAGUCUGAAGAACCAAAGAAAGAGGAAGAACUUAAAUUUGAAAACAUCAACCUCGAGUAUUUGAGGAACGAUAAAGGUUUCCAAAAAGCUAGGCGAAAGCAAGAGAAAGAAUUGGAAUCGUUGCGCAAGAGACAAACUAAGGAAAAGGCAGCCAUUCAAAAACAACAAUGUACUUCUGUGGAAAAAGCUGUCAAAGGCAAAGAUAAAAAUGACGUCAUCAACGAUGGAGGCGUAAAGAAAUUGGUAACUGAACAAAUGACUCAGUGGUCUGAAAUGGUCGAACGUCACAGGCGAGAAAAAUGGGCUCUGCAAAAGCAACAAGCCACAGAACAACAGGACGCUCUGAUUAAGCUCAUGGAAAACCUGCAAGCCGCUCAAAUGAAACAACUGGAAGCAAGACAUGAAAAGGACUUGAAAGAAAUGAAUACGAGACAGGCCAAAAUAUCUGUUGAAGUGAUGAAGGAAGUGAUGAACGACAAGGCUUUAAAAACAAAAGGGGAUAAAGACAGGAGAUUGAGAGAAAAGAAACAAAACAAUACUAAAAAGUUUAUGGACGAAAGAAAACAAGCUCAGAUAAAACAAGCCAAAGAAAAGGAUAAGCUGAUGGUGAAACAUGAAAAGCAAAAACAAGACUUGAUUAAAGACAUAAACAAUCUUUUGGAAAUGUAUAAGAACGAAGAGAUUGAAUAUGAACUGAGUAACAAGACUGAGUUUUUCGUUUGAUCUUGUACUGUCAAUUCCUCACACCAGCCACUGCUUGUUCUGUAUUAACAAAGUACAUUAAAAGUGUUUUAUUUUAUCUCAUCUCAGAAUUAUAUUAAUAAUAAUAAAUAAUAAUAAAACAUUGACUGUUUCCUAGAUAAACAGUGGUAGAUUCAGUUAAAUUUAAUUUGUUUUGUAAGGUCAGUCUAGUCAAUUUUCUCUGACCAUUCUGUGUCCCAGAAUUCUUAAUUUGAGAAUUUAUCAUAUUUUGUUAUUAUUGUUAGCUAAAUUUAUACCUAAUAUCUACCAUUGGUUUUGAACUAUAUUUAUGUUAUACG